AAUCCGACCAUCAACUUCGUCGCGUUCAAGUGUCAGUGUCGUGGGCUAAGCUAAAUCUCAUUCAUCGCCAUGCCUGCCACGCCAGCUUUCGAGUACGUCGAGCCAGGCCAUCCCGCCUCACAUUCCCAUCGUGCCAUUCGUCGCGCCAUCCUGAUCACGGUCAUGACAAUUCUUGGGUAUCCCAUCCUGCUCGUGCUUUCCAUUCUCAAGCACGACUUCAUCGUGUCCAUCUUCUCGCCUGCCGCACACGAGUCCAUCAAGAAGCAUCCAAAUUACAAGGACGCGUCGCUGUGGGGACGUGUGUGGUCCGCGCCAGUGGGUCAACUUUACCUCCAAGGUGGCCUCGAGUACCAGCUCCAAGAAGGGUACUGCAUGCCCACGACGUUGCGCAACGUGCUCAAGUCCAUCAAGUCUGUCGACGCCAAGGACAUCCCCGAAGCCAAACGUGGUCCGUCCGUUCCUGAAAAGUACGCGGCCAAGAUUGACGCCAUCGGCCACACCGUGUCCACAGUGGUGUUUGGGUCGGACGGGUAUAUCGCAUUUGUCGAAGCGCUCAAGCUCGCAAACGACCCCAACUACCGCGUGGCCCUCAACUUUCUGCGGUCGCCAGUGUUUGGUAUCAACCGUCCGUCGUUCGCCCCCCACAACUUGCUCAUGGCGCUGGCCGGGGGACACUUCUCCAACAUUGUCGGGUACUUGGAAGACGAGGACUUGGUAGCUGUUUUCGACGUCAACCACACGUACGGCCCGUACUUGGUCGAGUCGAGGCGGUUGUUCGAUGCAGUCAACGCCCACGACUUUCAGUCGGGGAAGACGCGAGGCCUCAUAGUGUCCCAAUUGCAUUAACGCAAUAUACAACUCUAAGACAUUGGUUGCUCUUGGACGAACUCUUAUAUUGCGUGCUGUAUUGCCACCACGAUAUUACAGUAUACUGAAGGCAUCUCUACUUCAAACCAUAUAAACCUUUCGUCGCG